UGAUAGUUAUUCCAAUGUAAUUUUAGAUCCUAUUUGCCAGACGCAGUAUUCCCGGGCAUGCUCCUCGUCCCUUUACACAUUUAGAUCUGGUCGGUUGUCUCUCAACAUUCUCAGAGUGCUUACUUUUGAUUGUUCUUCUGUUGCAUCGGAUAAUUUAAAGUGAUAGUGAGGAAUUUGAAGCUACUGUUUGCACGUUUGUCUUAUGCUUUAUCUAGGUUCUGCGGUGCUGGGAUUGAUCAACAUUCUACGAGCUGAAUCGUGUCUCUGUUGCACUACAUUAGAGUUUUGUACACUCGUCAGUUCAGGGUGCUUUGGAUAGUAUUCGCAAUCUGGGUGCAAUGAUGCAAUAGAUUAGGGUUGCGGGCUUGAGGUUUGUGCGUUGGCUGAGCUGGGAAUGAUCGCGACGAGGGUCGCACUUGACGUCUUGUUCAUCGAUGUAGAAGAAGAGUCGAUGAGAGUGUGGUACUGGUGAGCGCUUGUGCAGCUGAAGGUUGAGCUUUGGCAUCUAGAAAUUAUAUCUCAUUCUUCAAGGAAUUAAUAAAUUCCGCUUCAAUCAAUUGUCUGAAUGAGUUUCACGACUUUCGAGGAGUUACAAAUUAUUGAGGGCCUGUCCUUUUGUUAAUUUGAGCGUUGUGCAGACACAGCAACCUUUUGUAUUCAAGGCCCAGAUUAGGUCUUUCUCUGUACUGCAAUUUUCGACUAGCGGUUGUAUACUCUUUGUUUUCGUCAGACGAAACUCCAUGUUUCUGUUGGGAAGCUAGACUCCUAGUCUCUGUUUCUAGUAUCAUGGCCCCAAAUGUAUCCACUAGCCUUUGAGUGUAUAUUAUUGCCUGAGUUUGGAACUGUAGAUGAUAAGAAUGCCUGUCCGAAGUCCAGGCUCCGUAACAAACAAAAAGAACACGCUUCUAGAGUCUCUCAAAGUGAUUACCAUGGAAUGCUGUCCAACUGUUCCAUCUAUUGUUGUUCGAAAUCUUAAAUGGCGGAGCACGGGAGGAAGAGUGCGCCGUGUGAGCGUUCUCGGCCGCCCCAAUGUAACUGGCCUCAUCCUCCUGACGUUGUUCGUCAUGUCAUCGUUUUUUGUCUUGGACCUCACCUUCCCCUGGAAUUCGACAAACGGGAAUGGGCUUCCGAUGUUAUCUCCGGGAUGUGACCUAUUCACUGGAAGUUGGGUGUACGAUGAAACAUACCCGUUGUACACAAAUUGCUCAUUUGCUGAGCCAGGAUUCCGGUGCGCUGAGAACGGAAGGUCGGAUCUGCGGUAUCGUAACUGGCGAUGGCAGCCCCGGGAUUGUAAUAUGCCAAGAUUCAAUGCCCUAGACAUGCUCACGAGGCUGCGGAAUAAACGUAUUGCCUUCAUCGGAGACUCCAUGGGCAGGACGCAGUGGGAAUCUCUGAUUUGUCUUCUCUUGGCUGGGGUCUCUGAUAAGACUCAGGUGAAGGAAACCAACGGGAGAACUAUCACGAAAACCGCCCCUCAUUUAGCAGUAUGGUUUCCCGGGUUUAAUGUAACAGUGGAAUACUAUAGAUCUCCCUGGCUUGUGCAAAUGAGUCGCCCACCUAGACAUACACCUCGACGGGUGGUGUCAACAUUGAAGCUUGAUACUCUGGAGCUAAUUAGUAGAAAGUGGCAGGCGGCCGAGGUUCUCAUCUUUAAUACAGGCCAUUGGUGGACUACUACAAAAACUUACCGCUCUGGCUGCUAUUUUCAGAUCGGAUCAAGCAUUCGUCUGGGUAUGAAGAUGGAAGAAGCAUACAGAAUAGCCGUUGCCACAUGGGCGGCCUGGGUGAACGAGCAGCUAAACCCAGAUGUUACCCAUGUGUUCUUUCGAAGUUUUGAACCCAGCCACUGGCUCCGAAAGGCAUGCCUGAAUAGCUCGUUACCUCUCACAAAUCAGACCCAUAUUUAUCCCUUGGAGCAGCACAUGCAAGCCGGCGUGCUGGACAAUGUGUGGGAGACUUUGCAUGUGCGAGCCACUUUGUUGAACAUCACCACACUGUCUUCAUUUCGACCCGAUGGCCACAUAUUCAAUUACAGUCGUCGAGGUUCUCCCUUGGACUGUGCCCAUUGGUGCCUUCCUGGCGUGCCUGACAUAUGGAACGAACAACUUUACGCUCUGUUUCUGCUCAGAGCAUCUGGAAGAGCUAAUAGCCAAGAAAUCAAGCGUCUCUUCUAAGCACGAGGUUGAACCUGACCUCUAAUGCUUAGGUUUUCCAACAUUUGUGAUACAAUGAAUCUGUAUCCAAGUGUUCACCAGAAUGGCAGCUGUCUUCCACAUCUAAAAAGAUUGUCCUCAUUAAUGGGUAUCUUUGCAGCACCACAAACCAGGCUUGCCCUGGUUACAUCUCGAAUGGCAAGGCUUACAGGAUUGGGCGACUUUGUUGUUUGUGCGUCAUCAUCUUCACGACUUGAAACUAACAGUGGAGAACACUGACAAGAGUGUUCCUGUGCUAGUUCUCGAGUCCACUCGAUAGCAUCAUGCUUAGAGAAGUUCGGUUGAGCUUGAGAGAGAUUUACAAAGACUAGCAGUUUUGCUUCCGCACACCCUUUUACGAUUUAGACAUUCAAGUAGCUCUUCACAUGUAUGGUUGAAGUUGUGACGAUGCUUGAACCAGCGAUGAUCUACAUUCAUUCUAUUGUACUCUUAUCGAGUAUCGUUGUAUCAUAUCAUUUAUUUGAACGGCUGUCAAACUUCCUAAGUGAAUAA